AUGGUGAGGUCAAGAAAAAGAAGAAAUAUAAUAAGACCUAAUUAUGCUGAUGGUGUCAGUGAAAGUUUUUAUAUUCGUUUAGUUGAGAAACUAGAAUAUGGAGACAUCACCGAGGAGGAGUUUCAUGCUGCACUGGCCAGAGCAGCAGACAAACAAGCAACAAAAAGGAGACAAACAAAGACAACGGCUUCUCCCUCUCCCUCUCCUGCUGCUGCUGCUGCUGGUGGUGGUGGUGGUGCUGCUGCUGCUGCUGCUGCAGCACAGGGAACAGCAGCAGCAAAGAAAAAACCACGCAGAGGGAGAUACUCAAAGACUGCAGAUAUUUUGCCUGAGUCAAACACAAACAGCAACGACAACACACAAGACAACGCGUCAGAACAGCAGCAGCAGCAGCAGCAGCAGCAACAGCAGCAGCAGCAGCAGCAGCAGCAGCAGAGUGCCAGAGAGGAGAUGGAGGUCGAAGACUCCCCCAUAGAACAAAGCCAAGACCCAGAAGUCUCCUCGCAAGCAAACACCAGCAGCUCCAUCGCUAGCUAG